UGGAGCGAGGUGACGAACGGCGGAGAAGCGUCUAGAUACAAGAAAGCUACAAGUCGCAUUUUGUCGUCUUUUCUUGAGCCGUCAACAACACUCGAUAGUUUGACGAAGUUUAAUGAGGAAGACUGAAUAAACCUCGAAUUAUUAGCAAGAACUCGUCAUAUCCGCCAUGUUGAGACUGAACUUCAGGAGGGAGAAAGACAAAGAAUACAAACACAUCGCCCAUGGUUUGAUCCCCGCUGCCUCCAUUGCCCCCAAAGCUGCUGUGCCUCGUACCCCACCCCCACGCAGCCCCAACCCCUCACCUGAGAGACCCAGAUCGGCCUUAGCGGCGGCCAUCUUGUCUUCAUCGCUCACCGGACAGACCUGGGCGCUCCCCCCGACUCGCCCAAGGUCUUUCUCUGAGGCCCAGCGAUCCGCCUCCUUCGUAUCGGAGCCAAACAUCAGCACAGCACUUUUUACACGGGAUCGAUGGUCGGAAGACUUUGUUGCUCGCCCGCGUCUGUCCUGGCCUGACCACUCUGAGGAGGAUGACCAAGAAGAAGACGUCCGUGCUGCACCCAUGGAACACUCGGCUGAGAGUCCCCAGGCCAGUCCCAUGUUGUCCAGCAGGGAGUCUUCUUCUCCAGAAUCCCCACAGCAAAGAGGUCUAGAUCUUCCUAAAGCCAGCAGUGUUUCCUUAAAGAAGAAAGCGUCAGUGAAGAGGAGCUCCAGGAGCCGUGGAGAAGAUGUUCCACUCUUCAGCCAACAGGGCGGCGCCAAAACAGAACCAAAAGAAGCGGCCAUCCUGCCAUCUUCUGACAGCCUGCGGGGGAGGGGCGCUGUCAGGGCCUUGAAGGAGGAGAACGCCAAGUUGGAGGCGGAGCUGCGACGCCUGCAGCAGGAAGUUACUCGUAGCCCCGCCUCCACGUCCACGACAGGCAUGCAGACACAACUGCACACUCUGACACAACAAACCCAGGAGCUGCUGGACCAAAAGCACGCCCUCAAACCUCAAACCCAGGAGCUGCUGGACCAAAAGCACGCCCUCAAACCUCAAACCCAGGAGCUGCUGGACCAAAAACACGCCCUCAAACAUACCAAUCAUGCCCUGAAUGCAGAGAGGACACACUCCAAGCAGGAGGCGGACUCCGAGCGGUUCUCUCCCCGCGCGUCGGCCUACGAGGACAGGCUGAAGGAGAAGGCUGCACUGCUGCACACCGCCGAGGACGAGGUGAAGCGCUUGAGAGCGCGCCUGGAAGAAGCGGCCAAAGAAAACAAGAGACUUGACGGGGAACUCGCCAAGACCGGAGGGAUGAGCCCGGACGACCGCCUUCAAGUGCAGCAGCAGGCCCUGCUGGUCUUGCAGGAGAAUCACUUCCUGAGCCAACAGCUGGAGGCGCUGCAUGUUAAGACCAAGGACCACCACAGCAAACACCUGGCUGAAGUGUCCAAAGUGUCCAAGCAGCUGAUGCUGACGGAGGCGGAGAACCAGCGUUUGCAGGAGGAGCUGGACGGGAGCCGGAGGGAGGAGCAGAGCCAGAGGAAGGAGGUGCUCCGUCUGCGAGGCCUCCUCAAGGACGCCGUCGCCUGGGAGGAACACCACAACAUUGCUGGGAGACUCAGGCGGCAGCUGGAGCAGGAGCAGGGCAGGAACAUGGAGGAGGUGGAGGAGGUGCGCCUCCAAGCGUCCGGCCUGCAGGUGCACAACUGCAGUCUUCUGGCGGACAACGCCAAGCUGACGGCUGACGUGCAGAGAAUGGAGGCGGAGCUGGAGCUGAGCAGACAAGCCAACAGGAAGGCGGAGAAGAAGCUGAGCGUACUGAAGCACCAGAAGGACGAGUGUGCGCUGAAAGAGGAGAAGACCAGGAAGUACCUGGAAUCUGUCCUGGCGGUGGCCGACGGGAUCUCCCAGGAGCGAGACCAGCUACUACACAUGGCGUCGACGCUCCAGCAGGAAAAGCAGGAGUUCCUCGGCAAGAUGGUGAGCGGCACCAUUCAAUUUGGAAAGCUGGAGGAGCGCGUCAAGGUGUACCGCAAGCAGGCGUCCAGCCGACUGGCGGCGCUGGAGGAGGCGGCGGAGGGCAAGGCGGCGUCCUACCACAGGGAGGUGGUGCACCUACAGAGUCUGCUGGCGGAGAGGCAGCAGGCGGAGGAGAGGCUGCUGCAGUCCAAACGGGCGGUGGAGGAGGAGCUGGAGGUGGUGUGGCAGGCGGCUACCAGGGAGAACCAGCACAUCAAGGACACUCUGUGGGACUCCAGGCCCAUAGGAGACCUCCUUGAGUGGGGCCUUGCUGACACCACCUCCCCUGGCCGGCCUCUUGGAGCCGCCCACAAGUCCUCGGACCACCUGGACGUCUACACCUAGAGGAACUCCUCUUGCAUCCCUCAGGCAACUUUUCUAUUUUCAUCCUCACGCCGAGGAACACUCUUAAGGUCAACCUCACGUGUAAAAAGAAUUCAUCUGUUCCGGGGUCAAACUGCAGCCAUGGAAGUCUUGUUUGCUGACAGAUUCUGAAGUGUUUACAUGCGUCAAAGGAGGAUUGUGCGUGCUCAGGUGACCUUUGGUGUCCAAAGUGCGGCCCCCGGCUAAUGAUUGAACAGCCUGCAGCACAUUGUGGGACUACUCGUGGAAAAUAACAUUUCAAGUGGAAUAAAAGAGCUAACGUGGGAAAUGUAACGAGACAAAGUUGCAAAGUUGACACAAAGCUGACAUUUUUAAACUGUCAUUGCUCAAAAAAUAAUAAUGAAUCAAAAUCGACGUUGUUAUGAAUUGUUGACCUAUCCAAGGCUCCAAUUACUUCUCAUCAAAUAUUACUAGGGAUGUCCGAUAAUGGCUUUUUGACGAUAUCCGAUAUUCCGAUAUUGUCCAACUCUUUAAUUACCGAUACCGAUAUCAACCGAUAUAUGCAGUCGUGGAAUUAACACAUUAUUAUGCCUAAUUUGGACAACCAGGUAUGGUGAAGAUAAGGUACUUUUUUUUUUUAAAUAAUAAAAUAAGAUAACUAAAUUAAAAACAUUUUCUUGAAUAAAAAAGAAAGUAAAACAAUAUAAAAACAGUUACGUAGAAACUAGUAAUUAAUGAAAAUGAGUAAAAUGAAGUGUUAAAGGUUAGUACUAUUAGUGGAGCGGUCAUGUGUGCUUACGGACU